CCAUAUUCUCCAUGCUCUCCUCGGCGCUACGGUCGCUGGGCGCGACGCUGGAGAAGGCAGGACAGGCGCUGGCAGGAUCGUCGAGGGAGGUGCUCUCACGCCACAGAGAAGUCAUGGCUCUCAAGAGCCACGCCCCCUCCAUCCACAGGACAUGCUUCGUGGCUCCAAGCGCCAAUGUCGUGGGGAAUGUAAAGCUCGCAGAGAAGAGCUCGAUCUGGUAUGGAGCCAUUGUCCGCGGCGAUCUUGCCUCCAUCUCCAUAGGAAGUAUGAGCUCCAUUGCUGACAAGGCAACCAUCUCGCCCAUGGGAGAAGGUUCUGUUCAGAUCGGAAAUCGCGUCCUUGUCGGCCAAGGAGCUGUUGUGGGAGUUGCCACUAUCCAUGAUGACGCGGUGAUCGGGAUGGGCUCGACUAUUGGAGAUAGAGCAGUGAUCGAGAGUGGUGCCUACAUUGCUCCUGGAUCGGUCGUGGCCUCAGGAACUGUUGUCCCCAAGGCCAAGUUGUUCUGUGGUGAACAGGUUCUUCGGGACCUCACCCCCGCUGAAUCUGCUCGGCUUGCGUCGAGUGUAGAAUCGUUGUGCUUCCUCAGACUUGAACACGCUGCUGAAGUCUACAAGGAUGUGAUUGAUAUUGAGCAAGACAAGUCAGACGCCAAGUGGAUGGAGGAGCGAUCGCUGGAUUAUGAUAGCUCUCUUGGACUCCUCAAGAACAAUGAGAGGGCACAGGUUUGGUAAACAUUGCGGGAGGGGACGCCCUGAUGGCUGGAAGACUUCAGAUGAGACAGAAGUUAAUUGCUGAGGAUUCUUGGAUUUUCUUUCAACUCUGUUGUUGAUACUCCUGUAGUUUGAUCCGUUUCACUCAAUACUCUUCGAAUUCGAAUUAGUUUCGGUUUCACGUUCUUAGGUUGAAGGUCAAAAGAGGCUGCACAAGAUUAUAAAUUAUUUCGUACUG